AUGAUUCAAACCAAACUUUUCGUCAACAAUAAGUACGUCCCUGCCAAAUCUGGCGAGUUUUGGACAGUUCGAAAUCCGACCGAUGACUCCAUUGUGACCGAAGAAGUCCACUGUGCUGGGGAAGAGGAUAUCAACGAUGCAGUGGCAGCAUCUCAAUCUGCAUUUGAGGGAAGUUGGGGCAAGAUGGCUAGCAGCCAACGGCAAAGCAUCAUGCUCAAGCUUGCCGACUUGCUCGAUUUGGAAAAUCUCUCCCUAAUGAAACUCGAAAGCACUGCAAUGGGACAGCCGACUGCCUUUGGCACUAAACUUGGAGCAAUGUUGGGCUCUAUUGUCCGGUAUUAUGCUGGAUGGUGCGACAAGCUUCCCGGGGAGAUGCAGCCCGAGGAUGGCGAUGGACGAUUCAAACUGGUGCGCUACCAGCCCUUGGGUGUUUGCGCCGGUAUUGCCGCAUGGAAUGCGACAUUGGCUUUUCUUUGCAUGAAAGUUAUGCCUGCUAUUGCAGCUGGAAAUACGUUUAUAUUCAAAUCCUCAGAGAAAUCACCCCUAGGGUCCUUGGCCUUUGGGGAACUAGUGAAGAAAGCCGGGUUUCCUCCUGGCGUCAUCAACAUUAUAUCUGGCCCUGGAUCAACAGGGGCGCUACUCGCUUCUCAUAUGGGCAUCAAAAAGAUCAGUUAUACUGGCUCUGUGAUGGCAGGGCGCAAAGUUCAAGUCGCCGCAACGAACAGUAACCUCAAGCGCGUUACCCUCGAACUUGGGGGUAAAUCACCAUCGAUCAUCUUCUCUGAUGCAGACCUUGAAAAUGCGCUUGAGAACUCCUCACAGAACUUUCUGCUCAACUCCGGCCAGAUCUGCGUUGCUGCGACGAGAGUUUUCAUUCAUGAAGAUAUAGCCGAAAAGUUCGCGGCAGGGUUGAAGGAACGCUUUGAGAUGUUCAAGAAUACCACGGGAGACCCUUUCGCGGAAGGGACAUUUCUUGGACCGUUGGCCGAUAAAGCGCAGACAGAACGCGUCCAGGCCUUUUUUGACCAAGGCAAGAAGAAUGGAGUCGAGUUUCUCACUGGUGGGAAGAUUCAGGGUAAUUUCGUCGAACCAACAAUAAUGCAGAACCCUCCGCUUGAUUCCUCUGUUUGGAAGGAAGAAAUAUUUGGACCGGUGUUGGGAAUCAAAACCUUCAAAUCUGAAGAGGAAGCUAUUCGACUUGCAAACGAUACCAACUUUGGUUUAUCUGCCUGUGUCUACACAAGCGACAUUGCACGUGCGUUAAGAGUAUCCGGGCGACUUGAGUCUGGAACCGUGGCUAUCAAUUCCAACUUUUUCCCGACAGCCACUGUUCCCUAUGGAGGCUGGAAAGAAAGCGGGAAUGGAGGUCGUGAGGGUGGCUUUGCGGCUGUCAAUAGUUAUUUGGAAGCCAAAACUAUCACUAUCAACAUGGAUGUUGGACCCAAAUAA